AAGGUCUUUCAUUUUAGCUGAAGAACGAGAAUUGUCUUCUUAAUUUUCCCAUGGUGACUGUCUGUGGACCACAACCAUUAAACAAACUCUUCUUUUUGGCCUGUAAGAGGCCGUGCCACGCAUCAACACUGGAGGCACACGCGUUGAACGUUGAUCGUUUAGUCCUCCAAAUCACUUAAACGUAACCGUGUUUUCUGUCCUGUUAUAUUAGACACUGGGAAGAUAACUUAGCGUUAGCGGCCUACCGAACUUUGUUAGUGACGGGCUCGUGAGGAAUAUCCGAAAGGCAGAAGCUCAUCAGUUGGCGCAGAGAAGGACAGCAGGAAUUGCAGGGAUUCGAGCAUCCCUUUUCAUCAUCGGGUCCUGAGAUGACAUCACAGCAACCUCAGCUCCCCAAUGCUGUUAUUCCUCCCCAGCUUGCCCAGAACUCCUCUGCUCAGCAGGCCCGGCCUCACAUUCAGGCCAAUCAGCUGCACUCUAGCAGCGCAACUGCCGGGCCUCUGGAACACAGAGCACUGACAGGUAGGCCGGGCUGCUCCGGUGUGUCAGCAGCUAGCGGGGAGGUGACCAACAGGAAUGUUUCUGCCUCCUGUACCAAUUCCAGCCUAUCCAGAAGAGAUGGGGGUUUUGAACCUUGGCCAGAGGAAGCAGUGGACAACUCCCAUGGGCUGUACUCACUCCACCGCAUGUUUGACAUAGUUGGAGCCCAGCUAACACAUCGGGAUGUCAGAGUACUGUCAUUUCUGUUUGUUGAUGUGAUUGACGAGUAUGAGCGGGGUGGCAUCAGGAGUGGAAGGGAUUUUCUGCUGGCUUUAGAGCGCCAGGGUCGCUGCGAUGAGACCAAUUUCCGGCAUGUUCUCCAGCUUCUAAGGAUUAUCACCCGCCACGACCUUUUGCCUUAUGUCACACUCAGGAAACGACAGGCCGUUUGCCCAGAUCCUGUUGACAAGUACCUGGAGGAGACAUCAGUGCGCUACAUUUCACCAAGAGGAACAGUGCAGAGCAAGGACACUGUGCCCCAUAGAAGAACAGGUCCUCAGCCAGUCAUUUGCUGCUCCCCGUCAGGACCCCAUGUUGGCCCUCCCCGAACAAAGCCAGCUCCUCCUGUACCAAACCGCAAACGGAAGAGAAGUCAUUCCUCAGCUGACUGCAGAGAGAAGCAAACAUGUGAUAUUCGCCUCCGGGUUCGCGCUGAAUACUGCCAGCAUGAGUCUGCGCUUCAGGGUAACGUGUUCUCCAACAAACAAGAGGCAGUGGAGCGACAGUUUGAGCGCUUCAACCAGGCCAACACUAUCCUCAAAUCCCGAGACUUGGGCUCCAUCAUCUGUGACAUCAAGUUCUCCGAGCUCACGUACUUGGAUGCUUUCUGGAGGGACUACAUCAAUGGAUCAUUGCUAGAGGCACUUAAAGGGGUCUUUAUCACAGAUUCCCUAAAACAGGCUGUGGGCCACGAGGCUAUAAAACUGCUGGUCAACGUUGAUGAGGAGGACUAUCAGGCUGGUCGACGCAAACUGCUCUGUAAUUUGGUCACAGGUGGCGGCAGCCCACCAGGAGGUAGCAAAGACUCUGUAUCUUAGACACACUCUCAAAGUGGUAGCGUACAGGAGGAACAUUGCUGUGCCUCCCCCGCAGGGAAUAGAGUGAGAUGUGGUUGUGUCAUUUGAGGUGCCUAAGUGUGUGUCUGAAAGGAACUAAGGACUUGCAGCCACCCCACUGAUUCCUUGAGAGCUAAGUUCAUAGGAUAUCUACUUGGCACCCCUAAGCGUAGCAUGCGAAGUGAUUGGGAACUAUGUUAGCAAAAAGAAGUAGGCGAUGCAUACAGGUUGGCAUUAUUUUGAACCUUAAGCUGUUCAUUUUCUUCAAGGAGGAGAAUGCUGAUCUUGUAUGUGCAUUGACUUUAACUAAUUUCUUGUUUCAGUAUGUUAGCUCAUUGAAACAUAUUUGUUAACUCUAAUGACACUCUUUACUCCUGGUCAAAAGUGGAGUUAUUUUCAAUACAGGAAACAUGCUUAACGCUGACAAGUUACUCCCAGUGGGAGUUGUACUUUAUUGUCAAACAUGUUCAUCUUUUUUCCAGGUUUUUCAGGUACAUUACAGAUUAAUUGGAUUAACCCAAUGAGAGAGUGUUCUGUAUGUUAUAGAAAGGUGCAGACCACAGUUGACUUAAUUUGUUUGUCUGUUUCUGUCUGCUUACUCUUACUUUGCAGAGUUUUCUUUUCUGUAAAGAUUAAUCUAUCAGAGCCUUUUUUGUGGCUCAUAUUUGGUCACUGUCAACAUUAUUGUGUCUUUGUUUCUUUCAACAAAAUCUCACGUGGGUCAUUACCAGCAGCUGUGAUUCUGGCAUAAUUAGAUAAUUCAAUUGUCCAGUCACUGCCAAUAUUUAAAAUGUGUUGAAUUGUAUCCAGUGAAACACAACAGAGAUAUUCACUGGUGUUUUGGAUUUGUAAAUAACACCUGUUUCAUUUACCCUGUACCGCUGGACCUCUGCUCACUCACCCUGUCACUCAUGUUCACUAAAUUUCAAAUGACACUCUAACAAACCAACAACCAACUGAAAUUCACAAUGUGUAAAAUCAUCUCAGAUGUGCAGAUAGUAGGAUGCCAGAACAAAUUCAAAUCAUUCACCAGUCAUGUUUUUGUCAAGCUCAAGAUAUUUCACCCAGGUAUAGUUGAACUCACAUCAAACCCUCAGCAGUGGGUAUAUGAUGCCUGAAGUAAAAAAAAAAAAAAAAGGAAUAAAAGGACAGGUGUCCUCGGUGACAUCCUUCUCUGUCAGGGGGGUGGCAUCUCAACAGGCAUUUGCAAACUCAACUAGGAACUCAUAUUAAGGAUUUGAAACAGAAACAAAAAGCACUGUGAGGACCAACAUAAUACUAAGGUAUACUGCAUGUCCUCUAUGAUUUAUUGUGUAGAUCUUGAACACUGAUGUUUCUCUAGUGGCACACCACUUAUACAGUGCAGCCUGAGAUGCUAAUCAACCAAAAUGGGAAUUUAUAUUCAUUUCUCUUUGUUAUCCAUGGUGGAUAAGGUCUAUCAACAGGUGACAUGACAGUAUUACUGAUCAUAGUUGUCAUUUAAUGGAGUCGUAAAAUACAUUUAUUGGCCGCUUCAUUAACUUUACAAGGCACACAUUUCUAGUUCUGGCCCCCAGAGCAGCCCAACAUUUUCAUCACAUGGAUUCAGCACUGUGUUGGAGAUAGAUUCUGGUUCACGUUGACAUGAUAGCCUCAUGCAGUCCCAUCCCACCUAAGAUUACAGGAGCUGUAUUAUCAACGAAACGGUCUGUGUCAGUAUUGGACAAUCCUGUAAAAUCCUAGACUACAUGGCAGCAUCCUUCAUAUUCUUGCUUUCUAUAGUCUCUGAGCAUGGCAAUUAUGGUAUGGCUAUGGCUCAAGAAAUACUUUGUGAAUUGGCACUGAGCAUUUGCACUAAAUGUAAACCGUGAGGUGCAGAAUCAUCCAAGAUGGAUACAAUUGCAAGGCUUACUGGGUUAGAAUUGACGUCAGUGUCAUGGGUGCAUAAAUUUUAGAAUUCCACAAAUUGUGGCUUUAAAGUAAGAAGAAAAGAAUUUGACUGUUGGAAGUGUCAUUACUGGUAUACCAGGACAGGUUAUGACUCAAAGUACCCUUGUUUUGAAAUGUUUAAUAUCUGUGAUAAAUAUCAAAGCUGAAGUAUUAGCAUAAUGCUAUUUUGUGAUGAGAUUAUUUUGAUUUUGUUACAAAAGUAGAUUUGAUGAUGUCAUUUUCAUGAGAAUCUCUCUUGCUAAUAUUUGUCCUUUUCCUUCAUUUUUCUGUCACUGUGCAAAUUGCCAAAAUAUUAUGUGCAGGCAAGCAGCAAAUGUGUACUUGGUGAGCAAAGUAUCAUUUUGACACAGUUCUUCACUUACAUCCUAACAUUUUUUCUAGCUGCAUUACAAAUGUGCAUCUUUCUUUUUGCCAAAUCUGUGUAAUCUAAUUUUGCCUGAUUUUAAAAUGUAAUUGAACUUUUGUCUAGCUUUCCAUCAGUUUGUCAAAUGGUGGACUGAAAAUCAGCAUUUUGCUUUUAUGUUCCCUCUAUAAAGUUCAGUGUUUGUAUUUACCAAAUAUAUCCUUCCUGCUAAAGAAGCCCUAUUUCAUAUUUGUUGUCAUACCAUCCAUGGGUGCAUAUGAGAACAUGCAAGUCAUGAUUGACAGGCCAGUUACUCUGAAUUAUAUAGAGUAGGCCUACAUUUUAUAUUUUUACCCCAGUGGAAUUUCAUAAGGUUGCAAGUUAGUAUCUAUUAUAUAGGUUGGUGUAUGUUAUGUUGACUGUAUGUUAUGUUAGUUGUUAAAUGCAGCUGUCUUUUAAGCCAAUUUGCAUGUAACCUGUUAUCUCCAGAAAUCUCAUAGAGAAACUCACAGUGCUAACAUUUUGUAAAUAACUUUAUUGUAUGUCUGGUUUUCUUACUUCAGUUUUGCAUUUCUUUCAGAAAAUCGGCAAGUAGGACUGUUAAUAAAUUAAAUGGAUGGGUUUUGUUGAAGUCCCAAUCCUAAUUAUUUUUUUUAUGUCACAUGACAGUUAUAAAAACAAAGAUUUUUGGUGAAAAACUCUGUACAUUUUCCAGAUAAGAAGAUAUAGAGGACAUAUUUAAACAAACAGCUUCCCGAUAGAUCUACUUUUUAUUGUGGGCUACACCAUUUCAGACAUUUGGCCUAAACCUUAGACUGCUUUGACACACAAAUCCCUUGUAUGUAGAAUUUCUUGAACACAUUUCAAACUGUGUGAGAGGUCCUGGGUGCAUCUCAUUUCUCUUUUACAUGUGUCCUCAUUCCCUUUACUUGCCUCUUGCUCCACAGCUCAUCAGACUAAGAUCGUGAGGAAGACAUACAAGGAAGGAAAAAUCCAGGCGUCACAUUUUGUGUGAUAGACUGGGCAAACCAAGUUUAUUUGUGACCUGAAUGUUUUUGCAGAGACUUGAAUGUAAUGUAUGUCAGUGUGAACCAUACUCUGUUGCUUUCAACACAUACGCUAAAAGAAAUGGUAAAAGAUUUGGUGGUUAGUCCUGUUGACAUGUUUACCAAUAAAAGUAAACUUUGCUGUGUUUCUAUUUGCCAUGGAUACUCUGCAGUCAGUUAAUUUAUUGAUUGUUAAACGGAGCUUUGACUAACCACUGCUACAGCAGGUCUGCUGUCAGUCAAUACAAUCCAACUUUGUACAAAAUAGAUUAAACAAAUUUAUGAAAAUGUG